AUGGAUUCGGAAGGUCGAUCGCAACGGCACUAUCAAGUCUGCCUCAUAGGCUCCGGCGGAGUUGGCACAAUUGCAUCCGUUGUUCUCGCAAAAUCCGGCCGGGCCCACCUUACCUGCGUCCUCCGAUCGAAAUACAGCUAUGUCUCCCAGCACGGAUGGGAUGUCGAUUCCGUUGACCACGGGAAGCUUUCAGGGUGGAAACCUCAUCGCAUAGUGCGCUCUGCUGCCGACGCUGCAACAGAUGAAAAUGGAGACCAGGUAACAUACGACUACGUCGUCGUAUGCACAAAGCAGUUACCGAACUUGAACCCUGUCGUGGGCAUGAUAGCUCCCGUAAUGACGCCAGGAAGAACAACAGUGGUCAUGAUCCAGAACGGAAUGGGAAUCGAGGAGGAAAUAAUCAAGGCCUGGCCGGGAAACGUGGUAAUGAGCAGCGUUAGCCAUAUCGGGAGCUCGAUCCAGGAGCCCAAUAUGGUGGUACAAGUCGGCAAGGAUGUGUCCAAGAUGGGUCCGCACCUCCACACGGGCGUCGACGAUUCAACAAGCAUCGAAAAAGCCAGGGAGUUUGUCGAUAUGUACCUCAGUGGGGGUGCUAGCGUGUGUGAAAUGGUUGAGGAUAUCCAGGUUGCGAGAUGGGAGAAACUAUUGUGGAACGGAACAUUCAAUACUGUCUGUGCACUGAUGAGAAUGGAUGUCGGCGAGCUGCAGAGAAGUAAAGGGAGAGAAUCCAUGCUUGUGCCGAUGAUGUGGGAGAUUUGGAACAUUUCAAAAGCGGCCGGUCAUCCUAUGCCAGAGUCAAUUGUGCAGUGGAUGGCGUAUCGAUUGCCGGAUGACUGCGACUAUCGACCGAGUAUGCUGCUCGAUUUGGAAAACGGGCGGCCAAUGGAGCUGGAGGUGAUCUUGGGAAACGCAUUGAAGAAGGCUCAAGAACUCGGAGUGAACACACCACACAUGACCACGGUCCACAAAUUACUCAAGCUGGAGGAGUGGAGAUGUCAGGAAAGACGUAGUCUUUAG